GGGUGGGAGUGGGGAGCUCCUCUGAGUGGUUCCUUCUGCAUGCAUAGCACUCUCUAUGUUCUGUUCUAAACACGUGGUGCUUCUUACUCACUCUUACUCUCUCUCCUUCUUACUCACUCUUACUCUCUCUCCUCUCUCUCUCUCUCCUUCUCUCUCUCUCCUUCUCUCUCUCUCUGCUUCUCUCUCUCUCUCUCUCCUUCUCUCUAUCGCUCUCUCUGUUUCUUCACUCUUGUCCUGAAUUCCAGGGAGACGUCCUCACGGUCAUCAGAGGAGCGAAUGAAAACUGGAUUGAAGGAAAGCUGGAGAGACAAAGUUGUCAUUUUCCCUUUCCAGUUCACUGAGCCAAUCACAGCGGCAGCAGCCAAGCUUCUGGAGGGAAAGCCUUGGAAGGGGAGUGACAUCUCGGCUGGAUCUUGCCCAUGGAUCAGGAGUGAGAGUGGGUUUAGCAACAGCGGGACCGGUGACUCAACAAACCCCAACUGGACAACCUGCUUCAACCUGCCCCCAGAGCCCCACAAAGACCCCCAAUAUUUCUGCUCUCAAUCCCCCCCCCCACCACCACCCAGGAAAAAAACCUAACAAGCUGCUAAUAUCAACAGUGUGUACCAGCCGACCCAGGGGCAGGCUCAGCCACCCAGCGUUAGUGCCUUCAACAGCCUGAACCAGCCCCCCCCCUCUGCCAAUCACAGCUCCUCUAACCGCUCAGGCUCAGGUGUGACCUCCCAGCGCGUGAAGCGAAGCACUGGCGGACACCUGUCACAAAAGGGCGAGAGGAAGAUGAGUAGUGGUGAAGCUCCUCCCACCAUCACCAUGGCUCUGAUCAACCCCCAGACCCCCUCCGCCUCAGCCGACACCAAACAGUCUUCCACUCAGCAGCUCUCCAUCAGUGUGUGUGCUGCUCUGUACUCCUACAAGCCCCGUCGUUCUGAGGAACUGGAGCUGAGGAAGGGGGAGAUGGUGGGGGUGUAUGGGAAGUUUAAGGAGGGCUGGCUCCGAGGCCUCUCUCUACGGACGGGCAAAGUGGGCAUCCUCCCCGGCAACUACGUCACACCUGUCCUCAGAACUUCUGCCAGGCUCUUGGAUUCCAAGGCAGUGACAGCAGGCCCUGGUACAGUCUCUGGAAGAAGAACCUCCUCGUCCUCCAAAACGCCAGCGGUGGUUCUAGCUCUCGACAGGGUCAACUCAGAUGGCACUAGUUACUCUACUGGACAACGGCUACCGCAGCAGUCUGUUCCCAUGGCCACGCAGCCUAUGAUAUCAUCAGGCGGCGCCACCAGACAAUCCCUGCAUGGGGUGAGCUCGGAGGGAUGGGACACAGUGAGGAGGGUCUUCCAUCGUUCACACAGAGGCUCAUCUCAGCGGGGAAAACACUACCCCCACACCACCAUCUCAUCCAGCUCAGCCCUUCAAUCCCAGACCCACAGUCAGAGCUCAUCCCAGUGCAGUAACCACUACCCCCACACUACCACCGCCACCUCGGGCCUUCAGCCCCAUUCUCAGUCCCAAUCUCACAGCCAGAACUUUAGUCACAUCCAGGGCCCUGGCUUCUCCCCUGCUCUGCUCAAGAAGAAACAACACAUGAGCAUCCUGCCCAAUCACUACAGAACUCUGGCCUGGAUGUCUGAAGGUCAAGCGCCCCCUAGUGGUAGUUCUAUGAAGGACAGGGACACGGCUGCCAGAGAGGUAUUUGAUAGGCAGGUGUUGGAGACGAGGCAGGUGUUGGAGACGAGGCAAGCAGCAUCGAAUGGUCAGCACCCCAUACACUCUAUCCUAGUGAGACCAGACGCCCUCAAGAACAACACAGAGAAGCCCACCAAGUCAGUGCGGUUCCUGACCCAGCCUGAUUCCCCUACACCACGGCCCAGGACCACCUCCCUGCCCUCGGGUAGCCAGCCCCCCGCCAGUACCCGGCCUGGUCCACCUCCCCUGGAGGUCUGGGCUCCAUCACUCACACUGGGGCGAGAUGGGCCUGGGAUCAUCCUGAAAGAAGGCAAGGCUCCUGUUCUUAGGAAAGGUCUGGAGACAAACCCCUCUGAUGUUCUGACUUCCAAUCAGAAACCUACCUCUUCAUUAUCAUCAUCAGCACCACCUGCGUCAAUGCAGUCCAGCAGCCCUAGCAGACACAGAGUAGCGACGUCCUACCAGGCCCAGACAGAGUCAGAGAUGAGCCUGAUGCAGGGUGAGCCUGUCCUGCUCCACAGACAUCGGCCUGACGGACGGGUUCUGCUCACCCAGGAGAGCAGUGGCCACACGGGCCUCUUCCAUAGCAGUGUUCUACAGUUCCUAGACCGGUUCAGUUGACGGCCUGUAGUGUUUAGUUAUUAUAGGUGUGUUUUUCACAUAGAAAUAGAAUGACUAGAAUGGGGGAAGCUCCUUAGAACGUGACAAUUUGAUAUGCAACUCGUACACUCAAUAUGGCCACCGGCCCACCCCAUCACGUGACGUUGACUUGAAAAGGAAUGUCCAUUCUAGAAAUUCUAUUUCUAUGGAUCUCCACCUGUUGACACUGCCAAACGAGAUGCCAAAUCUGUGGAAGAGCGUGCGUGUGUAUUUUAUGUGUGUUGAAAAUAAUAUAUUAUAUUACUGCCAUAUAGUGACCAAAAUGCAAAGGGAAACAAGUUUCCCCCUUGAGAUUCAUUGGACCAGUUUUAAACUGUAGACAGAUAAUUAUAAGGUUCUGAGAUAUAUUUGUGUAUAUGUUGAUGUGCAGAAGCAUGAGUUGCACAUAGAUCUACUGUAUACAGUUAUUUUUACCAAUCCGUUGCACAAAACCACCUCAGACCAAUGUUUUGCACAAAGAUUGAGUGUUUUCUUUAUUCAAGAGCUAAAGGACACACUGGUCAGUGCCUUUGCAAAGCCCACAGAGUCUAGAUUUGAAAAACAACAACAGUGCUCUUACCAGAGGCUAAAUGUAUAUCAUAUAGUGGUAAUAAACAAUGCUUUCGUCAA